GUUUGACAUUUAUAAUUUUUUUUUGUCUGAUUGUCUAGCAAUCUCUCGAUAUCCCCAUAAAUCGUAGUAAUCAUGAGAACAGAUACAUGAAAAAUUAUUAGUUUGUUUAUCUCCUCUUCCGCUACAUUUACUUUUUAAACUCCAUGACUGCAUGACGACUUCCGCUACCCGGAAACGGUAACAGGGCUUGCUUUUGGUUUCGUAGUAGUAGUAGUAGUAGUAGUGUCGUGGUAAAUAAUAUACAAACUAAAUUAAUUGUAUCGGGGCAAUAUGAUCAUCGGGCGCUGUUUCAUCUGUCUGUUUGCAGUGCUGAUACAUAAAGUGUCUCUGCAGGUCACAGUAAAGGCUGUUAUCGGUGGUUCUGUUGUUCUGCCGUGUUCUACAACUGAAUGUGAUCUUAAACUACAAGAAAUUGAUGUGUUUUGGAGAGACAAAGAUGGUGAGACUCUAUAUAAUUUAAUUAAAGGUACAGAUUCUUUGGACACACAGGACCCACGAUAUAAUGGCAGAGCAAAAAGUUUCCAAAAGGAGUAUGAGAGAGGAAACUUCUCCAUCAAACUCAACAAUCUCAGUCACGCUGAUGCAGGAACAUUCAUCUGCUACAUCACACCCUUAGAUGAACAGAAGACUGUAGAGCUGAUCAUUCAUGAGCUAGAGAAAAUUCAACAUCUUAACUGCUGUGUGAAGAGAAGUAUUUUAUUCACAACAACAUCAUGAAGAUCAUUCAGCUCCAGCUCUAUGUAUUAAUGUGGUGUCACGCGGCAGUGGCAGAUCUAAUAACUGAUCUGGGAUCAAAUGUGAUCAUAAACUGUGAUCUUGAUGAAAAUGAGGUUUAUUGGAUUUUACUGAAAACAGCAGAUCCUCCAACAGUCAUCCUACAAUCAUUCUCAACAUCAUCAUUUUACCCUAAUAAAUCAUUCAGAAAGAAAUAUUCAGUGCAGUUUAAACAUCGUCUGGUUAUUAAUAAUAUAACUGCUGAUGAAUUAGGAGUUUAUUACUGUAUGUACACACGGACACCUCCAAAACUCAGCAACAGCACCAGAAUAUACUUCGAACCAACUCCAUCUAACCAGCUGACUGUUGUAACCGAGUGUCACAAUCAUACAACUACUGAGUAUAUUGAUCAGAAUCAAACACAAUGGAAGAUUAUUAUCGUCAUAUCUGGACUGAUGAAUGGCCUUCUAGUUCUUGUGGUGGUUGGACUGGUAAACGCUUUUGUUGUUGAAAGCAAAAGGUCUGCAGAACAAUCAGAACAAAUGAACAUCGAUCUACAGCACAUGCAAGUUGUGGAACCAUAUCAGGACCAGUUACAUUACACCGUGGUGAACUUUUCCGAGCUGCCGAAGUCAUUUUUUCGUGAUGUUCAACUAUGGUGCUUCAUCUGUGUUAUAGCAGGGCUGGUAAACAAAGUGUGUCUGCAGGUCACAGGUUUCAUAGAAGGUUAUGUUGUUUUGCCAUGUUUUUUAAAUGAAUAUGACUUUAAACCUCAAGACAUCAAUGUUCUUUGGAGAGACAAACACAGUGGAUCUGUUUAUGAUUUAAUUCAAGGACAAGAGUCGCUAAAGUCACAGAACCCAAGGUAUAAGAACAGGGCACAAACUUUCCCAAAGGAGUAUAAGAGAGGAAACUUCUCCAUCAAGCUCAACAAUCUCACUCACGAUGAUGCAGGAACGUACAUCUGCUUCAUCACGCACUUUACUUUUUCUAAACAGGAGACUGUACAGCUGAUCAUUAAUGAAUCAACAGUUACAACUGGAAACCAAUCUACGGAAGAAGAAAACAAAUUACCAGAAACACAGUUCGAUCGGAGAUUAUUAAUAUGUGUUUGCACUCUUGUACUUUUAGUAAUUCUCAUGUCUAUAAUAAUCGGUUUUAUACUUUACUGGAAGAGAAGAACUCAGCUGCAUCUGAACAGCCAGUAUCGUUCUGCCAACAUUGAAACGAAUGAAUGUUCAUUAGAAUUGUGAGUGACGUGUAUAUAUAUCUGCCGAAUCUCUUUUUAUACUCCAUCAAUGGAUGGAGCCAGGGGGCACGUUUUUGAGAUCUUGGCUUCUGGCCACCAAACUGGCUUAGCAUGCUAUUACUUAGGGAACGCAUAAAAAAUUACUCUUUUUGAGUCUAUUGAGGAAAUG